ACAUGAAUCCUACAGUCGCCCAUCGUCACGUGUGUGCCGUGGACUGGAGCACAUGCGCAAGUGGUGAAGGUGAGAAAGAAGAUGGUCGCUAUUUUUUAAUGACUUUGCUGAACAUGGACUUUGAUGAAGACAGAGAUUUAAAACCAGGCAUUCUUCUUGACUAUCUGUACAACGCUAUUAUGUUUGCUGUUCAAAAAGGAUUUCCAUGGCCAAAUGUUGUGCUAGUUGCACGUUUUUCUGAAGAACUACUAGAAGAAACUAUGGGGAUAACUAUCACAGAAGCUAUUGGGAUGCUGAAGAAGAAGUGUGACCAGUACCAAUAUACCAUGAAGCCUAAGCAGUUCAAACUUUUAGUUAACUAUUUCCUUGAAACAUUCUUCAAACAUUAUCGUCUCUAUCAGUUUGUUUUGCUUGAGGUAAGAGAGAUGGACCAGACCAUACAUAAUCUUGAGGUCUACGUUCCCCAAAAGCCACUUGCACUGAAGGAUGGGACAGAAGCGGAUGUUUGGAUAUAUCAAAAGCGCAUAUCUGAACUCAAUGAAACUGAGAAUCAGUUACAGGCUGAAAUGUUAUUUCUCCGUCAAACCUCGCAACUGGAAAGUGAACGGAAGCUGGAACAAUUUUAUCAACGCCUCAAACUUAAAGAUAAAAUUGUGCUUGAAAGCGAGAAAGUAGAAAAAAUUGUGAAGGAAGCCCAAGACAUACUGAUGAAAAUAGCUUCUGAAACUCUGGAAAACGUGAUCAGAACAUCUUUUGAAAUCUUAGAUAUAAAGCUUCAGAAGCGGGUGCUGCCCCAGCCAGCCAGCAACGCCAAUGUUUUAAAAAAAAAGAUAUUGUCAAAAUUUAAAAAAUCAUGAAUUGAAUGUGAAGGAUUUCAACUUUUCCAUUUUAUUAAUCAUUCGAUACAGCUUUUUUAACAGAGCAAAAAUGAAAUUAUUUCAUGUAUAGAAAUUGAUUUCAGCACGGGGAGUCAUUUUGAAGUGAUUUAAUCAAAAUUAUCAUCAUCUGCACGUUUAGUUGUAAUUUAGUGAUUCCCUUUUCUCACAGAGUAAUCUUUCAGCUGUUUUUGUUUUAAAAUUAUGCGAUCAUAGUAUUGAGUAAAUUGUUAAAAUAAUUUGUCUGAAAUCAUUUACAUUUUUCAAUGUAUUAAAAAAGAGUUUGGUGAAAAACAAUUACUCACCACAUGAUCAUAUCUACGGCAAUCUUCUACCAAAUAAACUAUUUCUCAUGAAAUCAUUCUAGAUUAUCAGCUUUUUGCCAACUAUUUAUAGUUUAUGGAAACCAUGUGAUUUAUUGCUAUUGUGCAGUCUGUUGUCAUGUCACUCUAUUGCUUAAACAUUAUGGAAGUAUUAGUACCUUUGUAAAU